AUGGCUGCCACACCUCAAGCUAUUGUCAUCCAAAUCUAUGCCCCUUCUCAUCUUCCAAUUAAACUUACCACAUCCAACUUCUCCAUUUGGAAAAAACAGGUGGAGUCUACACUCACCGGCUUAGACCUUGUAGGCUUCGUUCAUGGUACGAAGCCAGCUCUGGCGAAGUACACGGACGCGGCGCAAGUAGUAUCUAACCCGGCCUACAUGGCGUGGUAUCGACAGGAUCAAAUUAUCCUGAGUGCACUUCUAGGCAGUUUGACCGAUGUUCUACACCCUAUCAUCUCAUCGGCUUCAUCGGCGUUUGAUGCUUGGACUCGGCUAUCCACGACCUGCGGAGCCUCAUCCCGCAGCCGCAUUGUCUCGUUGAAAGCAAAACUCGUGAAGAACCCCAAAGGCAACCGGUCAGUUGAAGCUUACAUGCGUGAAAUGAGGACAAUUGCGGAUGACUUAGCGCUUGCACAAAGCCCAGUUCAUGAGGAGGACCUGGUGGUGCACGUCUUCACUCAGCUCGGUGAUGAGUAUAACUCCAUCGUGGCAAUUCUUCGUGUGCGAACAGGUUGCAUCUCGUUUGGGGAACUACAGGACGUUCUCACAGAUUACGAGCGGCUGCUGCAUGACAAUGAUGCCGCUUCACAGGUGCAUGUACCUACGGCUAACGUCACACACCGGCGGUCAAACAAUACAGGUGGUGACUCUACCUUUCAGUCCAACAAUCGUCGUGGCCGAGGCGGUAUGAAUGGAAGGCACGACCAAGGGAGGUCCUUUGGUAACAUGUCAGCUCGGCAUUGCAAUUUUUGUGAUUACCCGGGGCAUGAUGCAAGGUACUGUCGCAAACUUUCCAAAUUCCUGAAAGAGAACAAUGUUGCGGUUAUUGAACCCCAUAGCCAAUGUCAGCAAUCCCCUAUGGUGAACUCCAUGGCUACUAGUCCAGCGCAGUCCAAAUCGUGGCUAAUAGACUCGGGUGUGUCACAUCAUAUUGUCUCUGACCCUCAGUCCCUACAGUCGUUUUCAGACUACACAGGUCCGGGUGAGAUUGUUCUGGGUGAUGGUCAAAGUCUGUCUUCAUCUAGGUCAAUCGACUCAGGGCAGCUUGCAUGUCAACCGGCUGGAGACUCUGUGGCAUCAGCACUGCCCAGCACAGCACCGUCACAGUCGGGGUCUACCGCGUCGCACUCGGUGCCUGCGGUUUUGGAGUCAGCGCCUGAGGGUUCGGAGGCGAUGCUUGCGGGUUCGGAGGCGGUACCGUUCGCUUCAGGUUCGGAAUCACAGCCAGUAGCUUCCAUACCGGGUGUGAGCAGUUCUCAAGCCUUGGGGUCAGUGUCGGCAGUCUCCGAGACACUAGCCAUGGACUCCCAGGCGCCCUAG